AAAUUUCAAACAGUUGCGGCCGUGAGGCGCUAGUGAACGCAUCUUGAAUCGAAGGAGAUAUAGGAGUUAAGUCGCGAUAAUGAAGCCCGUUGCCUUGAUCCUGGUCUUCCUGGCCAUUAGCCAAGCCAGAGUGCUGAACUUGCCCAAGGAGGCGAUCGAUAUUCCUGUGGCCAUUGUCGAGGAUAAGGAGCCACCAGUAGCAUUGUCUUUGGUCAAGGAGGAAGUUAAGGAGGAAGCUAAGCCAGAGGAAGUGAAACCAAUUGCUCAAGAAGAAAAAGACAAGGAUCUCAAGGAGAUAAUUAAGCCCGAAAUCAAAGAGGAGACUAAAGAAGAUCUAAAGCCUGAUAUUAAAGAGGAUCAAAAUAAGAAGAUUGAAGAACAGAUCACCGAGUUGCUCAGUGUUAAGCCCCUGCAGCUAAGGGAAAAAUCCCUGGAAGUUGAGGAGAAGCCUCAGGAAAUCAAGGAAGAAGUUCAGCAGCCAGAAAUCGAAAAGGAGGCCACCGAAAUCAAAGAGGAACCUGCUCAGAACACUCUGAAAUCUCUGCCAGCUGAAGAGACCGUCGUUGUGCCUGCCGAGGAGCUUUCCCCGAAUCCGGUCGAGCAGGAGCAGUCGGAAAACCAGGACGCCGCCCAUCCUCAGGUCCGUCAAGCCACCCAGGCCACGCCCACGCAGCAGAGCACCACCCAGGGCAACUUUGUCCAGCAGUUGAUCCAGAACUCUCCAAUCGGUCAGUUCCUCAAUCAGUUCCAGCCCCAGCCAGCUGCUGCUGCUGCUCCGGCUCCAGCUCAAGUCCAGGCGGAUGAUGCCCCCGCUGAGGCACCUGCAACUCCGGCUCCCACGGUGCCCGGUUUCCUGAAUCCCCAGGCUGCCAUCACCUCCGCCCAACAGGCCGUGCAAAAUGCGGCCCAGAGUGCCGUCAAUGCCACCACCCAGGCCUUCCAGGGCAUCCAGCAGUUCGCCAGCAACCUGGGCAACCAGUUCCAGAACACCCUGUCCAGCUUGACGGGCCAGCAGCAGCAGGCGGUGUCCACCACUCCGCGUCCACCAGGUCCCAUCCAGCAAUUUGUGAACAACGUUUUCGGUGGCAAUAACAAUGCCACGGCUGCAGCUCCGCCUGCCCAGCAAAGUGGCAAUCCUCUGCAGGGAAUCAUCAACUUCUUGGGCGGCAAUCGUCCACAGAACGCACCAGCUGCCGCUCCAGCCACUCAGGCCCCAGAGAAGCCCGCCGUAGAUGACAAAAUCGAUCCUGCCAAGGAUGAGGUGGCUGAAUUCGUUCCGGACUCCGAUAAUGAGCUGCGAGCGAGUGGCGAAAGCAUUGAUGAUUCCUUCGAGGAUGCUGGCGUUCCUUCCAACGAGGUUAUUGUGGUCAACGACGAUGCCGGAGGGGAGGAGGGAAAUGCUGUCCAGAAUCAUCCAGUGGCCACCGAUGCAGUGGCUCUCUAAUGGGUAAAGAUGCCACUAAUGCCAUUAGUUAGCCCCACAAACCGACUGACGCCAUUUUCGUCGACAUUUUUCGAUUCACAUUAAGAACGAAAAGGGAAAAUGCUUCUUUAGUUUUCUAAGUGCAUGCACCGCAACAAAUUAUUUAUUUCAUACUCAGCCCAGGAAUUUGAAUAUACAAAUGAGAGAACACAAAUCAUUAAAUAAAACAAA